CCCCCACUCCGCCCUGGUCCCGGCCGGGCUGGCUGAUGUCAUGCGGGCUGGAGGCGCAGAGCCACCCCCUGACCAUUCACUCGCGACGCAGCCACCGACAGUGGUCGUCACUGCAGCGCCCGGGAAGGUCUCGGGGACGGCGCCUCUCUCGAUUUCACCUCGCGACGGCGCUGGGGCAGGGGAGGAGGAGGCUGCGGCUUGUGAUCGCGAGAGGAUUUUGACCGACUCCGCCGCUCCACACCGCUCGGAGACGAGAACCCGCGCCCGGGGUGGAGUGACAACAAGGAGGUGGAGGAGGAUGGUGAUGAUGGCAGCGUUGGUGAUGUGGCCUCUGCGCCUCGCCUGCUGCUGCCUGCCGUGGCUGCCGCUCAGCACGGGGGGGCCAGGCGGCGUCAUGGACGUGACCCUCAUCAACUUCGGUCCCACGGUGGGCGACCACAAGGAGACCGCGCUGCUGUGCGUGGCGGGCGAGCGCGACGUGGACCUGCGCCUCACGCGCGAGCUGGAGCCCGUGAUGUCGGCGCGCCAGGCCCCGCGACUCGAGAGCCAGCGCGACUCCCGCCGCGUCAACACCGUGCGACUCACGCUCUCCGCCAGGCUCAGCUGGGCGCGACUCGGCGUCUUCAGCUGCCUCGCCAGCAGCCGGCGGGGCGCCGACAUGGCCGUGCUGACGACCACCAAGAUCAGCGAGCGCGCCUUCUUCCUGCCGAGCCGCCCCACAGUGACGGUGAGCCGCGGGGAGACGGCCUCCAUCGAGAUGAUGGCCAUCACUAAACUCAACGAGGACAUCAUGUGGCUGAAAAACGGCUCGUUUGACACCACGACCCCCGUGAGCGAGGUGGUGCAGGGCAAGGUGACGCUGCAUAUCGCGAACGCCACCCCGGCACACGCCGGCGUCUACUGCGCGCGCUACGUCAGCAACAGCUGGCUCCUGGGCGCCUGCACUCGCCUCAUCGUGCGCCGGUGUCCCGCGGACCUGUGGGGACUGGACUGCGCGCGGCAGUGCCCGGCGUGCCUCCAUGGCGGCGUGUGCCACGAGGACAGCGGCACCUGCGUGUGCCCACCAGGCUUCAUGGGCCCCGUGUGCGAGACCGGAUGCGGGGACAAUGCGUUUGGGAGCAAGUGCUCCGAGCGUUGCAAGGACGGCGGCUGCAACUUCUACACGUUCUGCCUCCCGGACCCCUACGGCUGCUCCUGCGCGACCGGGUGGCACGGCCCAGACUGUGACAAGCCGUGCGGCGCAGGGGAUUACGGGCCAAACUGCCGCUUCAAGUGCGAGUGUGAACGCGGGGCGCCCUGCGACCCCUUCCGAGGCUGCGUCUGCCCCGAGGGCUGGAAGGGCGCGCGGUGCGAGCAGGAGGCCCUGACCCCCCCCUGCAUACUGGAGCCGCUCGACGACCUGGAGAUUAAUGCUCGCACGCGGCUGCAGCUCAACUGCUCCGCCACAGGGUUCCCCACGCCGCGGCGCGACAACAUCGAGCUGUUCCGGCCCGACGGCUCCAAGCUCAGCCCUGCAUCAUCCAGCACGGAGAGGAAUGUCACCACCUCGACGUUCAAGCUGGCCGAGGCCAAGGUGACGGACGAUGGGGAGUGGAGGUGCCGCGUGGAGACGCCUGCAGGCCGCGACGAGAAGUCUUUCCGCGUCGCCUUCAAAGUGCCGCCCUCGCCCGAGUCCCCGCCGCGGCUCGUGCAGCGGUUCAGCACGGCGCUCAUGUUGGACCUCAUGGUGACGCCGCACAAGGGCGAUGGGCCGCUCCAGGGCGCCCGCCUCAUCUACACCUCCAGCAGCCGCCCUGCCGAGAAGCUGUGCGACGUAUACCUGGAGAACGUGUCGUCCUACCUGCUCGGAAACCUCCAGCCGCUCACCAACUACAGCCUGAGGGUGCAGCUGCAGCGUCCGGGGCCUGAGGGCUCCGGGCCGCGGGGCCCCGAGGCCAUGCUGCAGACAGACUGCCCCGACCCCACGGUGGCCCCCGUGCUGGGCCCCGUUGCCGCGACGGGCCGCACGGAGGUGCGGGUGGCGUGGUCGCUGCCGGCGCCUCCGCCCGUCGUGGAGAACGCCGAGGGCGUGGUGCUGCUCUUCCACCGCCCGGCCGACGGCUUCUUGCGCGAGGUCAAGGUGCCGGGGCUGGAGGCGCAGGAGCGCUCCGUGCAGGACCUGGAGCCCGACCACCGCUACUCACUGCAUCUGCUGCUCUACAACUGCGGCAGCCGCGGGCCGCCCUCACAGAGCCACAGCUUCCUGCUUGGCUCGCUCGGCCCCUCGGUGCCGCUGGGCUUGCGCGCUCGCGCCCUCAAUCAGACGGCCGUGCGCCUGACCUGGGAGCCGCCCUCCUCGCACCGCGGCCGCAUCGUGCGCUACCUCGUCGAGUGGCGGCGGGCGCCCGGCUCCGGGGCGGGGGCCGCGGGUUCCGCAGGCCCGGGGCCCGCGGGGCCGGCGGGGUCCGGCUCCUCGUCGCCGGCAGGGGUGACGGACGCCGUGCCCCGCGAGGCCGCGACGCCCGGCGACCGGGCGCAGCUCACGGCGGCGCAGCUGCAGCCGGCGUCGCGCUACUCGUUCCGCGUGCGCGCGCACGCACAGGAGCCCGGCGCGUGGAGCGAGGCCAUCACCGCGUGGACCCACAGCAACCGUCCCCCGCCCGCCCCCACAGAUGUCCAUAUCUACAACACCACGGACACGGCGGCCACCGUGUCCUGGAGUGUGGCCGAGGGGCACUUCAUCUCUGCCAUCAUCCUGCGCUACAAGGUGUACGGGGACCGCGAGCCGCUGGAUCGGGUGGUGAAGCUGCCGGAGGGCGGCGAGGCUGGGCCUGUGCGCUCCGAGGCGCGUAUUACGGGCCUCGAGCCCGAGCGGCCGUACCUCCUCGAAAUCGUCGCCCGCAACAACGUGGGGGAGAGCUCGCCCAACAUCAUCCGCGAGCUCCGCACGCUCUCAACCAUCGCAGUGAUGUCGCAGGACAGGGGCGGCGGUGGGGACGCCCAGGCAACGGGGGGGCCCGCCGCUGGGCCCGAGCCGCAGCUGCUGCUGGCCGUGAUGGGCUCCGUGGCCGUCACCUGCCUCACCAUCCUGCUCGUCGUGCUCGUGCUGCUCUGCCUGCGCGGUAGCGUCUUCCGCCGACGCCGCACGUUCAUCUACCCACCGGGAUUGCGGGACGAGCCGGUCGUGCAGUUUGCGUCGGGAACGCUGACCCUGAGCCGCCGACCCAAGCCCCCCCCAGAGCCCAUCAGCUACCCCGUGCUCGACUGGGACGACAUCAAGUUCGAGGACAUGAUCGGCGAGGGCAACUUCGGGCAGGUGAUCAAGGCGCUGGUGAAGAAGGACGGCACGAAGAUCAACGUCGCCAUCAAGAUGCUCAAAGAAUUCGCGUCUGAAGAUGACCACCGAGACUUCGCGGGAGAGCUCGAGGUCUUGUGCAAGCUCGGGCACCAUCCCAACAUCAUCAACCUCAUCGGUGCCUGCGAGCACAGAGGGUACCUGUACAUCGCGAUAGAGUUUGCGGCAUUCGGGAACCUGCUGGACUUCCUGCGCAAGAGCAGGGUGCUGGAGACGGACCCGGCGUUCGCCAAGGAGCACGGCACGGCCUCCACGCUCUCCUCGCAGCAGCUGCUGCAGUUCGCGGCGGACGUGGCCAAGGGCAUGCAGUACCUGAGCGAGAAGCAGUUUAUUCACCGAGACCUGGCCGCUCGCAACAUCCUGGUGGCGGAAAACUACGUGGCGAAGAUCGCCGACUUCGGGCUGUCGCGCGGCGAGGAGGUCUACGUGAAAAAGACCAUGGGGCGGCUGCCCGUGCGAUGGAUGGCCAUCGAGUCGCUGAACUACAGCGUGUAUACGUCCAAAAGUGACGUGUGAGUGGCACACCAGCACACAUCGGCACGCGCCGGCGCAUGCCAGCACACACAAAAAUAGGUGGCCAUUUUUUUUCUACUGUAAACCAAACCCAUACAUACUGGGCCUAUUGUCAAAACAGUGCAGUCUCCUGCAGUGAAGUUGAACACAGCAACGCCGGUACGAGAUCUCGGCACAAAUCAAUUCCUGCCACCCACACACAGGUGGCCAACUCCCAGACUGUUGGCAACCCCACACACGCGUGGCCAAUACGUAGUGAGACGUGCACAAACAUUUAACAUCUAUAACUUAUACAGCACUACGCGUUUACGGGAUGAAUAUCGCACACAGUCAAUGCACACGAAAGUUGUUCUGUCUGUAUCGGUUACCAAUGUCGCGUAAGCACGUUUUGUCUGUGGAUUCAAAUGUUUGGCACUUCACCCAACGUCGCCGUUAAAAUAAAAAAAAAACUGUAGGACGCCAGCGCUGUUUAUCAAACACGCUCCAUGCGCCUUGACGGCCACGGGGAGUUUCGCAACAAUGGCAUGUGGUGAUCCACCAACCCUCACUGCCUCCCCACAGCGCUGGCUUACAGGCCUCGUGCAUAGCAGUGAAGAAGAGGCAUUGCCUGAAACGUCGCCUAUGAUAUAUUUAUACUUUCGGCCCACGCGCACGCAGGUGUCAUUGUUAUUGGCGUACGUGAUGAGUGUGUUAUUGUUGGCUGAGCUUGUGCGCACCACUGCAAACGCGUCAGCAGCAUCACCGACAUGCGUUAUUCAACGUUCAGGCUGCUCCAGAUCACAGAGUACGCAGCCGACCACUUCCCCAUGACCUUGCAGGCCCCUCGGGUCCACGGAGCACGUGUUCCAUUCUCGGUUGGAGGGGUUGACUCAACCCAUCAUCCCUCCUCACGGGGUCAAUAGAAUGAGUACCAAUUUGUGGCGGAAGUCAUGGGCGGUUGUUUUUAUGUAUAGACCGGGAUCCCCACCACAGGAAUGUGGAAUUUCCACCACUGGCUCAGGGGCUGUACAACGGGAGUUGAGCACCGAUGCCUCAACGCUCGUGUGAACAGCAAAUCACUCUGACUUCAGAGAGCAGGGAGGGGGUAGCGGCAUAGGGGAGGCUGUGGGACUUCGUCUCUUCACAGAGGUCCGGAGCCCGGGCUCGGACAGCCGGGGAACGCGUCUCGGCCGUGUGCUCGAUGGCCGAGCGGGAAGGUUGAUCCCACGCGACGGCUUUGGACUCCGGAGGCCGACCGUAGCUCACAGCAGAAGGCCUGGGGUAACUGGAGCAAAGAAGAGGCCCGGUUUGCGGUACAGGGUGCCACGGUGGCGAGAUGUUAACUACCUCGUCUGGUAUACAGGAGGUCGUGGGUUCGAUCCUGAUGCCUGUAUAUUUGGAGUUUGCAUGUUCUCUCUCUUCCCGUGGUAACGUGGAUUUUUCGCAGGUUCCUCUGGUUUUUCCCUCCAAAUUUCGAAUCAAAGUGCAAUUACAGAGUAUUUGCCUGCUAUACAUUUCCAAAUGAUAAGCCACUUCGUGGAGCUAUCAUUUGUGAUGGCCAGGUCGCUUCCAAAAAGAGCCAUAUAGCUGAGUGGUACCUUACCUGGUAAAAUAAAAAAAAUAGUUAAAUAGAGCGUGUCGGAGGUGGCGGUGGGGACCUUUCGCACGAGUCGGUGCUGUGGACCAGCGGGGAGCUCGUUCUGCCGCUGGUUUCCUAGAGGAUCCGCGGUUUGAAUGCAGUGGGCCUCGUUGAUAACCGUGCCAUACCACGUGCCGCCUGCUUUGCUCAAACAGCCGAUACCGCGACGUUAUUCGAAGGAGAGUAGUGAGGCAUUGCGUUCCGGCGUCGUGGUCUCAAAUUGGCCACAUUUAGUAAAAUCAUUGACUCUGGAAUCACGCGGAGCAGCGAUCGCCGCCCCCCUUUCCAUGCUGCGAAAGAGCAGGACCCUCGCGAGAGAGCGUCUUGAGACUCGGCGAGGCUUUGCCGGGUAAACAAAGUGGCAAACGCCAGGGCGUGAAGACGCCGCGACGUUGAUCGCAUUCGUGCGGCCGGGAUGAGCGCGGGGGCGGUGGGUGGUGGGCGCUGCGGCUCGUUCCCACACGCCCCCCACGUCCCGCCGCCACCACGACCCACAAUCCACCUUCCCACGCACGGCGGCCGCAAGGGCGGGCUUAUCUCUCUCCCGAAACGCUUCCACGCGGCCGCUGGGGUCCAGCGGGGGCGGUGCUAUCGGGGGCCGCAAUGCGGUGCCCUCCCUGCUCAUCGCGCCGCUACCACGCGCCCAUCCCGCCCCCUCCCCCCACGCCCCCACAAAACCACGGCCCAGCCUGCUGAGUCGCCGCAGGCCGAGGCCACGGAUGAUCUGCUAAUUAGGCUCCUAACUGCCUCUGACGGCGGCGGUAACCGUAAAGAUCACGCGAGAACGUGGCCCUCUGCUUCACUCGCAGUGGACGUCAAAGAUCCCGCGAAGUAAUUCGAAGAAGAGUGGCAGGCGUCACUCACAAUUUGUCAAAAAAAUUAUCCACCGCAGAUUAAUCAAUUGGGAUAGACGACAGCAGCAAUCGUCGCCCCCCCUCCCCCCCUUAAGCAGGACCCUCCUGAAGAAGAGUUUUGAGGCUCCCCGGUGUAAACAAGCGUAAUGACAAGAGCAAUAAUGCGCCUGGUGUCUGUGAAGGAGGGGAUGAUGCCAAGUGACUAGGAGAUGUUAACUACCUCGCUUGGAUGUAUACAGGAGGUCGUGGGUUCGAUGCCGACCCUGACACCUAUAUAUUUGGAACUUGCAUGUUCUCCCAGUGGUCACAUCGAUCCUCCGGUAUUGCUGCUAGACAUUCGAACCGUAUGGCUGGCCCCCUGGGUCCCAUAAGCC